AUGUCCCUCGCCAGGUCGUCCUUCCAAUCACGUGAAUUGAUUCAACGAUGGUUACUUGAUAUCCCCAGAGGUGUAGAAGACUCAACCGAUCAGAACCAUGAACAAGAUGGAAACGCCCAGAGGGAGCAACGUCGAGAAAUCUCUACAGCUACCGCCAAGGCAAGAUUUGAAGGACGUACCCCGUCAAGGGGCAACAACUCGAACACACCGCACUGUAGCGCCCUCUACCGAACUUCGCGGUCUACCAAAGACAAUCGAAAAUCCUCAGCUUGGCGAGAAGAUGAUGAGUCUUCAGGCAGGAACCAAACUCAUAUUGGCAAUUCGAAACGUCGCCGGUCGACCUCGGUCCACAGACAAGACAAUGAGAAGCGCAAAAGACGCAAAGCUGUGAAAGAAUGUCCUUCCAUCUCCCGGAAUACUUCAGUCCGUCCCUCUUCGCCAGCGUCAUCCCUUGGCUCCUCAGAAGCUCUUCCACUUAGAAGAGACACGCUUGAGCGCCGCGGUAUAAGGGUAGAGCAGUAUGAAAGGAGGCCAAGGCAUAAGACGAAGGCUAAUAAAUAUGACUUGAAAAUGCGGGCGAAGUCAAGAGAAGCCAGAGACAUUGCGGGUGGGGACAGGAAGUCGAACAGGAGACGCCGAAGGAAAUCGGGCCUUACUCUGAACAGUGAUUUCAAAGCUCCGAAUGUUGUCCAAGAACGACUGACUCUAAAGGCGAACAGUGGCCCGGGCAUGUUCCAUAGGGGAAAGGCCUCAUCUCCAGUCCACAUACGGGGCAUGCCGGACCUGUGCUUUACAGAAAUGAACUUCCUCAGCAAGCGACGUGACCAUCAAGAGCCGAACAAGCGCGAUCCCAGACAGGCAAGAUCUUCCAAGAGCAAAGAGAAGGAAAAGAGUCGAGCUGAGCAGAUAUCCGAGUACUUUCAGCGUUCACAGGCAGCCAAACCAUGCAUCGGAACGACGGCCCAGACCAUGGUACCUGAGCAGAACAUGACUCAGGACUCACCUGCAGUCUCUGUCCUGUCUACGUCUGAUCACCAGGAUCUGGAUCUGGACCGUCGUCAAUGGACACCAGCUAGUCAUGGUUUGAGUCGUCAUACUGCCCAGCAAAUGGACCGCGAUGCCGCUGUCACCCAGGGAUGCCGUAUUUCAGAUAUCGAGGAACCGCAAACAGAGCACCAUCGGCGUCAUUCGAGCCCUAUAACCAAUCGUGACCAAUUGAAGAGCUCCUCGUCUUACUAUAGCUGGUCAGCCACACCAUCUCGGCAAUGUCGAAGCUAUCAGGAAGCUACCACCAACUCGCCUAAAGUUCUUGCUCAAACCUCGCACCCUGAUGGCUUUCGUGUUACCACAAAGCAGCAGCACGCUGUAUACAGCCGCCCAGUAAAGUCACCUCAUGACCAAAUUGUCAGGGAGCCAGUACAUGAAAGCCCCAUGAGCCAAUUGUCACUGGAUGAAUACACUAAAAGCAUGUUGCUUGGCUCCAAGCAACACUUGUGGGGUAAGUUUCCAACCAACUACCGAGCCGCAGAACUUUACACUUUGACCGACCUGAAAGGCCUUUCUCGGCUUGGGAAGCUCGAAGAACCUGGAAAGGACGGUCAUGGUUUGCAAGGCGAGGAUGAGCAGCGGGAGUGGUUUUUGAGCAACAAUGGUUUCAGAUUCGACACCGAGCUAAGCAACACUCCGACAGCUCACAUGCCUACAACACAAAAGCGGUCAUCUAUGAUGGUAGGUAAUGCUAGUAGUAAUGAUCAGCAUCUGUCACCACAUAUAAAGCUUCCAAUCGCCGGUUCAAUGACGAACGGUCAUUCAGCUGGGCAGAUCUUCGAUGGUGACAUGUUAGUCAACCGUUUUUCGAUGCCAGGUCUGAGUUUUGCGCCGUCUGGGUCAAGAAAUAGGCCUACCUCAGAACAGUCUUAUGGAGAUCCUUCCUUCGAAAACAUACAUGCAAAAAUACCCGCCAGAACCAUCCGAUCGGUUACUGCCACACAACCAGGCCCACAUGAAUACCGGUGGACUAAUACUUAUGGGAGGUUGCCCCAAGAUGCACCAGCCAAAGAUACUGCGCAACAGAUCAUUCGUGAUAUUGAGCAAGAAGAGCUUCUGAUCUCUCAAGCUAAGAACCACAAAUCCGGAGCUGUAGAGGACGUGAUUGAUAUCGCUCUGGAUGGCUUCUCAGACCACACAAGCCAGAAAGACCUACGUGAGUUCCACGAUCUACGUGACCACGAUCCGUUCCCACUUCAACAAGACUCCGAGUAUUCAGAGCCGAAUAUCCAUCGUCUUCCGCCAGGCCCAGCAAUGGCUCAGCCAGUGCCCAGCCCGCACCAAUCGUGCUUGGACCCUGGUCGGAUGAACGCCGACCGAUCCCAAGAUCAACGCCUUGCCAAGAAUGUCCGUUUUGCGACGGAUCAGCAGUCCGGAUGCCUAUCUCUCUCAGUAAAUGACGAGAGCGGCCUGGCAGAGCAGCAGAGGCAACAGGAGGGAGAGAACGCUUUGGAGAACUUUUGGAGGCCGAAUAUCCUGUAUUGA